UUCAGACCCCGACCGACGGCGUCGCCAUUCUCUCUCAAAGCUCCGUCGAGGUAGCACACAGGUUGCUCGCGCGCGCUGUACUUCGUCUCUUUCGAACAGUUUUCGUAGUCGGCCGUCAGCCGUUCGUGUGCGUUCGUGUUGAUCGUUUCUACGUACGCCCCCGCCGCAUAAGAAUGUAGCCCCAUAGUCGCGCCAGAACGACGGAAUUCCAAAACCAACAAAAACCAAAGAUAAAAUGACAAAGAACGAGGCGAGUCGGCGGCUCAAACGAGAGAAACGCUCGCAAAAAGCGGACUGAAAAACGAACCCGAAUCCCAUAAAAAAAAUUGAUAACCGCGCAUAAAAGAUCUCUCGAUAACAAGAAAUCAAUUUGCAAAAAAAAAAACCAAACAAACGAAUAAACAAACGAAAGUUAGCGAAAAGCUGAACAAAAAAAACACUAGAAAAGCGAAUGCUGCCAAUGCGUUGAAGGCGAAAGUGUCGCGUAUUCCCGAAUCCGAAUCCGGACAUCCUCCUCCCCCCCAUCGAACAUCGAGUCCGAGGAAUCUACGCGGCAGCAAUGUCGUCAAAAUGUGAACACCACCACAAAUCACGGCGCCAGCAGCUCCCAGUGCCGGCACCAUCCCCCAGUCACAGCCACAGCCACUCCCAUUCCCACUCGCACUCCCAUUCCGACCUCAGUGGAGAGUCCUUCCUGCAGUACUGCACGGACGGGGACAAGAAGCCGCCGCCCAUUGUGGUGGUGGUGGGGGAUGGCCGGAGUCGAGUGCGGCGCGUGGUGCGCACUGCCACACGGCACGUGACGGUGGUCAGUCUUUCCACCCGGCACAAGGAGACGCAGACACACACCUCGCACCAUGUGACGGCGGUCAGCUUUCCCCAAAAGAGCAUCGAACGCAGCGGCUCCACACAGUACGAUCUGGCUGGGGCGCCGCCGGCCGGCUCCAGCACAGCCUCCACCACCGACAGCGGCAGCGUUGGGGGCUAUGUCUACCUGCAGAACCACUAUGCGCCCGGCGCCCACAACGCCGCCGCCGCCAUCAACUACCCCACGCAGCAGCACCAUCCCCAGAUGAUCUACCAGCUCCAGCAGUACCCCACGUGCCAUAAGCAUCAGCAGCAGCUCCAGCAGCAGCAGCAACAGCAGCAGCACCUGCACCAGGCCGCUGCGGGACACUACAUGCAGGUGACCUCGGCGACAGCGGGAGGAUCUUCGGCCUACCACCAGCACCACCACAUGCUCCACGGGGGACAGCACGGACAGCACCAUGCACACCAUCACGGCCACGGCGGAGCGGUGGUCAUUGCCGGCAGCGGCGUGGGCACUGGCAUGGGAGCCGGCAGCGUGAUCAUGCAACACCAGCAGCUGCAACAGAUGCAGCAGCACCAGCAGCAGCAGCAGCAGCACCAGCACCAGGGAAUGCACAAGAAGAACUCGAUCCGCAAUGGCGGAGAUGUCCUCAAGCGCGGACGGGCACAGUCAGCCUACGAACUCUCACAAGAUCUGCUGGAGAAGCAGAUCGAGCUGCUGGAGCGAAAGUACGGCGGAGUGCGGGCCCGCAACGCGGCGGUGACCAUCCAGCGGGCCUUCCGCCACUACAUGAUGGUGAAGAAGUUUGCCUCCAUCACGGCCAUGGCCAAGGCCGAGAAGCGGCUCAGCCGCCGCAUGGUGGUGACGGCCUCCAGCCUCGGGCUGGCCGAGGAGAACGCCUCCUCGUCGGCCUAUGGCAGUGCCACAGAAUCUCAAUUGGAUCAGCAGCAGCAGCAGCAACAACAGCAACAGAUGCAGCAACAGCAACAGCCACGCGUCACCAUUAUGGCGGGUCCUGCUGGAGCAGCCUCCCCGGGACUCUCGAGGACACCGCCCACGCGCUCUCUGUCGAUGCGGGAGCGACGACAGCUGGACUGCAGUCCCAUACCACGUAGUCAAUCGGGCGCCUCUCCCGUUUCGAUUUCGGGAUCCACAGCCACCGCUGGCGGAAUGGCCUCCCAUCCGCAUGUGAAUCUGCUGCACGCGGCCGAGCCGCAUUACUACAAUGCCCAGGGAGCCGUCUACUACACCAGCUACCACGGCUCCCCGCACGACCUGAGCUACGCCAGCUCCGCGGACGUCUCGCUGAACGCCUCGUGGGUGAACGCCAGCGGGCACAGCCCCCACACGCCCUACUACUCGGCGGCACAGAUCUACAUGCGCCCCAAGGGCGGCAGCACCACGCCCACUCCCAGCUGCAGCGGCAGCACGGGCAGCGGCAGCGGCAGUGGCAGCGGCAGCUGCAAGAAGGUGCCGCCGGAGGUGCCCAAGCGCACCUCUUCGAUCACGGCACAGCAGCAGAGCCAGCUGCUGCUGCUGCAGCGCCAGACACCGCCGCCCCCGUCGCUGCUGCGGACCAACGGGCUCUGCAAGACGGCGGAGAACGGCAGCCUGACCUCCGUCCAGAGUUCCGGCUCGGACUCGAGCGUCACCUCGGCGGAGCGGAACAUGAACAGCGACCUCGGAUCGGACCGCAGCAACUCCCCCCACACGUGGAAGCGUGGCACGGCCCUGAACAGCUCCCAGCAGUUCUCCACGCACUCGGCCGACUCGGUAUCGGUCUCGGUGCCCGGCGGAGGUGGAAGUGGAGCCGUUGUGGUCUCCGGAGCAGCCAUAGCUUCUGCUGGGCCCGGAGCGUAUGCCGCACAGAUGCAGGCGGCCGUGGCAGCGGCCACAGCGGCGGGCGGAGUACCGCCGACGGACGAUCAUGCCGUCUCGUCGCACACAAGCGCCGCGCAGUACGAGCAGCACGAACAGCAGCAGCACGAGCAGCAGCAGCUGCAGGCAGCGGCCUCCGCCGCGGGCGUGGCCCAGAACUACAAGAUGUCGGAGACCAUACGCAAGCGGCAGUACCGCGUGGGCCUCAAUCUGUUCAACAAGAAGCCGGAGAAGGGCAUCACCUAUCUCAUCCGCAGGGGCUUCCUCGAGAACACGCCACAGGGCGUGGCUCGUUUCCUGAUCACGCGCAAGGGCCUCUCCCGCCAGAUGAUCGGCGAGUAUCUGGGCAAUCUGCAGAAUCAGUUCAACAUGGCCGUGCUCAGCUGCUUCGCCAUGGAGCUGGACCUGUCCGGCCGCCAGGUGGACGUGGCCCUGCGCAAGUUCCAGGCCUACUUCCGGAUGCCCGGGGAGGCGCAGAAGAUUGAGCGGCUGAUGGAGAUCUUCUCGCAGCGCUACUGCGAGUGCAAUGCGGACAUUGUGGGGCGCCUAAGAUCAUCCGAUACGAUCUUUGUGCUGGCAUUUGCCAUCAUUAUGCUCAAUACGGAUCUGCACACGCCCAAUCUGAAGCCGGAAAGGCGCAUGCGCGUCGAGGACUUCAUCAAGAAUCUGCGAGGCAUCGACGAUUGCCAUGACAUUGACAAGGACAUGCUGAGCGGCAUCUAUGAGCGCGUCAAGUCGGACGAGUUCAAGCCGGGCAGCGACCACGUCACCCAGGUGAUGAAGGUGCAGGCCACCAUUGUCGGCAAGAAGCCGAAUCUGGCGCUGCCCCACCGGCGGCUGGUCUGCUAUUGCCGCCUGUACGAGAUACCCGACGUGAACAAGAAGGAGCGGCCGGGCGUCCACCAGCGCGAGGUGUUCCUCUUCAACGACCUGCUGGUCAUCACCAAGAUCUUCAGCAAGAAGAAGACCUCCGUGACGUACACGUUCCGGAACAGCUUCCCGCUCUGCGGCACGGUGGUGACCCUGCUGGACAUGCCCAACUAUCCGUUCUGCAUCCAGCUGUCGCAGAAGGUCGACGGUAAGAUCCUGAUCACCUUCAAUGCCCGCAACGAGCACGACCGCUGCAAGUUUGCCGAGGAUCUCAAGGAGUCCAUCAGCGAGAUGGACGAAAUGGAAUCGCUGCGCAUCGAGGCAGAGCUGGAGCGCCAGAAGUCGGCGCGCAACCGGGCCCCGGGGAACGCAGAGAACCGCGAUAGCGGCGUGGCCGAUGUGGAGGUGUGUCCCUGUCCCUACGGCUCCCAGCCCGGCGGCGGCUCCCAGGCAGCCGGCGAGCAGGCAGCUGGGAACUCGGCCGACUCCACGCAGCAGCUGAAGCGCAGUGCGCUCAGCAACAGUCUCCUGGACAUGCACGAGCAAUUUGGCAACGAGAAGCCCCAGCGACGAGGCAGCGUCGGCUCCCUGGACAGCGGCAUGAGCAUCUCCUUCCAGUCGACCACCACGUCCAGCGCCUCGCGGGAGAAUGCGGCGGCCAUUGCAGCUGCCGCCAAUGCAGCGGCGGCUGCCAAGAUGCGUUUCAACAUGCCGCCAACGGCUGCGAUUGCCACGCCCAGCAAUGUGUAUGCAGCGCCCGGAAUGCAGGCGUACACGCAUGCCAACUUUGUGCAGCAGUCGCAGGCCGCCUACAUGAUGCAGCAGCAGCAAAUGCUUCAGCAACAGGCACAAAUGCAAGCCCAGGCGCAAGCCCAGGCCCAAGCGCAGGCUCAGGCGCAGGCGCUACAGCAGCAGGGAGGCGGAGGAGCAGGAGUAGGAGGAGGAGCCGUGGUCACGGGUCGAAUCCCUGGAAGGGAGAGGAAGGCCUCACGCUCCGAUGAGAACGCACGGUCGACGGAGGUCUAAGUCAUCUACCCAUCUACGUAUUGUACAUUUCCGUUGUUCAGCAAAGCGAUAAAUAUUAAAUCUAUAUAGCAUAUAGAGUCAAAUAUCUGUAUAAUCCGAAUCGAAACGAACCGAAAGCCAUUUUUUCUGCAACACCUAACAAACAAACAUACACACACACCACACACACAGCUUACGAGUAUAUAGUGAAUUUUGAAUGUUCCUUCGUUCUCUGCUAAUAUUAAUUGAUGUACAUAAAUUAAACAAUUGUCUGUUUCCCGCACUAUCUACUUGCUAAAAUAAGUUUCUAAAACUAAUUGUAUAUAUAUACAUUCAGCAUACACGCAUACACGUACGAUAUACAUAUACAUGUAGCCCCUACGAUCUACGAUAGCUAUUCUCAAUAUAUAUAUACAAACACACACACACAUAUAUAUAGAUAUAUAUAUAUAUAUGUAUAUAUACAAACAAAUUGUAUAACACUUGACUUCCUCCAAGAACUUGAAACACCAAUUUACCCAAGGCAACCUCUAAGCGAAAUGCCCCCCCCCCCCCCCCCCCACACACAUUUUUAUCUAAUCUUCUCUACCAAUUAAUUACAAAUGCGAUCUAUGAAUGUACGAUUACUAGUUCUAUUAGCACAUACUAACAUCCCGCCCCGUUGAGUGCGCGGCAUGAUAGUUUUUUUUUUUUUUUUUUCAUUCAAUAAAAAAAAA